GGUAUCGACCCCAAGGUAAAAGCCCAAAUUUGGGCGGAUGAAUUUGUGGAGUUAGGUACACUAAUUGGGACGAUAGGAGCCACUAACAGAUAUUCCAUGAUUGAACAAGAUGGGAUAAUUGCCCUUACAAAAAUGCAACAAUCGCCAGAAUUUUCCUCUUUCUCCGAUUGGCACACCGCUUUUAUCACGUUUGUAGGUAUCUAUGUGCAGAAGCACCCAAAUCAGAGUUCAGCACUGAUGAAAUACAUGCUGGCUAUCCAGAAUUUAGCAACAUCUGCUGGUGACGCACACGCUUUGAAUUACGAUCGAGCAUUUAGGCAAUUAAGAGCCCGUCACCCUGCAAGAGUUCCUUGGGACCGUCUUCAUCCGGAAUUCAAGCUGGAUUGCAACAAGGGUUCGACCUGUUUGUACGCUCAUAAAUGUCAAAGAUGCCGGGGAGCACAUGCCCGGAUAUCGUGUAUUUGA